AUGACAUUAUUGUAUAAUACGACGAAACCAAUCUUAUCUAAAAAUAUAAUAGCAUGCUCAAACUAUUCCAAGAGAAAUCUAAUGGGAUUUGUGAGGUCUACAUUAGGGUUGGACCCUCCCCCUUCUCCAAACGAUCCAACUCCAGAAAAUAGAUUCCAUCCUUGGGAAACUUCCCCCUGUGAUGAUUUGAGAGAAAGAGCCGCAAGAAUUAAAACAAUGGCAAAAUGUCCAGUAUCAAAUCUAGAUAUCAAUUACACCUGUCCUAUAUCUGGUAUCCCAACUCACCAUUCGAGAAAGGAAUGGGAAAUGGAUACAAAUUAUCAUAAAAAUCAUAUCGCAGAUAUAUUGAAAAAAGUUAAUAUUUAUGAGCAUGAUUUAAGAUCAGGUAGACCAUUCCCGGAAUUCGAUUUCCCCAGAGAGCAAGAAUAUGAUACAGUAAUCAAUUUGAUUAAUUGGGAUUUAUAUUUUUAUACAAGAAAUUUCUUCUCAAUGGAUACUGAAUUCCAAUUAGCAGCUGUAACAAAAAUGUUAAGUUAUCCAAUGACUAUAGCAUCAGUACUACAUCAAUUUUCUCCAUAUUCUUUAACUCCAAAGGGUCCUGUCACUUUAGAAGGGUUAAAAUCCUUGGCUGCUUUACGUUAUACUUUAAAUAAUAAUUCUCUCUCAGACACUAGUAGUGGUAAUUCAGAUAGUACAACAAUUACAGCCACUUCUAAGAAUAGACCAAUGAGAAUUUUCAUCUUAGGAGCUCGUGCUGAAGCUCAAUUACCUCCUCAUGUUUGGAAACAAUUACAAUAUUUAUUCCCCAACAGUAAUUUUGAAAUUCAUUUCAUUGGUCCUGAAAGUUUACUAAGUAAAGAUAAAUCGCAUUACGUUACUUCGACCACCCCUAUAACUAAACGUAUUGAUGAUUCAAUGUCUUUAGUUUAUCAUACUGAUUAUUUCCAUGUCUAUCACAAGGCUCAAGAUUUUUACCCUUACGAUCCUUACUUUGAUAUUUUCUUCAUGUUCCAUCCAGGGUUAGCUGCAACAAAGGAAACUUGGUUAAAUGAAACUAUGCAAGGCUUACUAGAUUCAAAAUGUCCAAUUUUCAUGACAGGGUUCCAUGAAAAAGAUAUUACCGCCGAUAUCAGUGUAUUGAAUAAGAAUUUCAGUAAAGAUAUGGAUAUUUUGAUGAAACCAGUGAAGAAUGUCUUUGGUUCCACUAAAUGGGAAUUAAAUGAUUCAAACCCACAAGAAGUCUAUCAAUUUAAUAUGUAUAUUGCAGGUUAUCGUGGUAAGCGUUACCAUGCUACUGAAACUGGUAAAUCAUAA